GUUAAUACCCAAAAUAUCACGAAGUUACACAUUUGUCGAGCUGAAAUUUAGUUUACCAGCGUCACUUAAAAGAAAAUGAAGCAAAAAAUUUUAUUCCUGUUUUCAAUAAUUUUAAUAAUUUCAUUUGUUGAAUGCAGAAGAAUUGCUGGUGGAUGGCCUGCUGAACCUGGCUAUGUGGCUUGGCAUGUAAAGCUUGAACCAUCUAAUGGAAGUUUUAGACGAUUAUGUGGUGGAGCAUUGAUUCGAUAUAAUUGGGUACUUACAGCAGGUCAAUGCAUUUUUAGUGCCAGAGACGUCAUUGUUAGACUUGGUGUUUUAGACAGACUAGAAGGAGCUGAACCUGCAAUAUUCUGGGUUCAAGAUCGAAAACAUAUUAUAGUCCAUGAAGAUUAUUUUGAAGAUGCCAGUCAAUCACUUUAUAGAAAUGACAUUGGGCUGGUUUAUUUGAAGGACGCUACAGAAGAACUCUUGAAUAUUUUUGAUACAAAUGACGUUAGACUUGUUUAUACAAUUCCACUUCCAAUGGACACAAAUUUAGAAACUGCUAAUAGAACGGCAAUUGCAUCUGGGUUUGGAUUUUACAAUGAUGGACCUGAUGCCAUUCAGUCAAUGAGGCUUCAAAUUGUGGACAUGAUGGUAAUGGAACUAAACGAUUGUAUUUCAUAUCAUGGAACUUCAGUAAUUUCAAAUGGCAAUCUUUGUACAAAUACAACAGGAGGUCGAUCAACAUGUCUUGGCGAUGAAGGCGCUCCACUUGUCUCAGUUGUGGAUUUUAAUCCAACACUUAUUGGCAUCGGGAGUACAGGACUUCAAAAUUGUCAACAAGAACAUCCAGCGAUAUUUACAAGUGUUGUUUAUUACCUUGAUUGGAUUUUGACAGAAAUGGAUGGAAAUCCAGUUACUGAUCCAACAACAACAACAACAGAAGAUCCAAAUUCAACACAACCACCACCUGACAGUGGAAAGUGUAAUUGCAUUUGUAAUUGCUUUACAUGUCCUGCUCCUCCUUCAACUACAACGCAAGCUCCAGGAGUCAAUUAUUUUUGGAAAAAUUAACGUCCUCAAUAAUGUGAUGAGUUGACAUUUUUAAAGUAAAAUUUUUUGGGGAUUAAUAAAGAUUUCUUUAAGUUUUUGAAACACG